AUGGAUUGGGACCGCACGAGAAGGUUUGAUGAUCACCGUGGCGGCGAGAGCUAUCGCCCAGGAGCCUCGCGAGGAUACAGCCGACGCAGCAGGUCGCCUCCACGCAUACGCUCUCCGCCAAGUCGCCUUGUUGCUGAUACAUGGGUACCGUCUACUGGCCGGGCAUAUGGCCGUGCAAGAAGCCGAUCCCCUCCUCCUUUCAGACGCCGUAAUUCACGCAGUCCUUCAGCCUAUAAACGAGACACCGGACAAGGGUCGUAUGCAAAACCAUAUUCUCCUCGCAAAUUUUCGCCUCGCCGGGAUGUGAGACCUAGAUCACCCUUACCGCCAUCGAGGCGACCAAGAUCUCCGUAUGGGGAGGAUCGCAUGCGUGACAUCGGCUGGGGCCAGUCCGCCUCAACCUCGAGACACCCAAGGAAUCCUUCAUCACCGGGUCGGGAUUCUGGCUACUUCAGGAAUGAUCGCCAUCUGCCCUCUGUUGGUCGAUAUACGAGGUCUCGCUCACCUCCGCGGCAUGGCCCUUUAUCCGAGGACGAUCAGCGACCGACGACAAUGUCGCGGCCACGCAGCCCUUAUUAUAGUGGACGGAAGGAGUUCACAGCCGAUCGAUUCUCAGGACACAGGCGCCGGUCACAAUCCCCGAAUGAUUCCAUGCCUAAGCGUCCCUCUGCCCCCGGUUCCAGGCCCAACUCCAGACGGUCAUCACCUCUCCACGAUAAGACCAUUAUUACGGCGCCGAAAGCAAACAGAAGUCGGUCACCGUCCGCUAAAUACCUUGACCGUCGCCUUUCUAGAGACCAUAGUGUUUCCUUCACCCAGAGCGAUCGCAUGUCAACCGCCAAAGCCAAAUUGGGAACGCCCGAAACGAGGAGAUGA